AUGAAACUCACCAAUCCUAAUGAUGUGUCCGUAUAUACAAUCUCUGGCGCUUCUACGGCCAGGCCGCUCCCUGACUGGCUCGCUCGCAAACGGAAGCGCAGCUUGAAAAAUGAUCCCGAAUACGCAAACCGAGUUGAGCUCCUCCAGGAUUUCGAAUUCGAGGAAGCCAGCAACUGUAUCAGGGUGAGCGAUGAUGGGGAUUGGGUCAUGAGUACGGGGACAUACAAACCCCAAAUUCACACCCAUUAUCUACCUCAUCUCUCCCUUUCUUUCGCGCGGCAUACGACAUCCCUCAAUCACUCUUUCGUCCUCUUGUCCUCUGACUACUCGAAGUCCCUCCACCUGCAGACCGACCGAAGACUAGAAUUCCAUACUCCUGGAGGCUGCCACUACCAGACACGUAUUCCACGUUAUGGCCGAGAUCUAAUCUACGACAAGCACUCCGCUGAAGCUUUGGUCCCUGCAGUUGGUGUUAAUGGAGAUGGAAACGGCGAAGUCUACCGACUGAACUUGGAGAUUGGGAGAUACAUGAAGCCAUAUCAAAUAGAUGUGGGUGGGGAUGACAUGACUACGGUAGGAGGUGGAGCACUACAAGGAGGGAUAAACACAGGAAGUGUGAAUACGGCAGCUAUCGCGGAGGAUAGCCAUAACCUUCUGGCCUUUGGAACGUCCAUAGGAACCGUGGAGUUCUGGGAUCCUAGAUCAAAGUCGCGAGUGGGUAUCCUUUCCGGGCAAGGGGGAGAAGUCACUGCCCUUGAUUUUGAUAGAUCGGGAUUGUCGCUUGUCACUGGGUCCUCAGAGGGAUUGAUCCGAAUUUUUGAUCUUCGACGACCGGUACCUAUUCUGGAAAAAGACCAAGGCUAUGGUUUCCCGAUCAAGACGUUAAUACACCUAACCACAUCUUCUCAAGAGAAAAAGAUUUUAUCAGCGGACAAACGAAUUAUUAAGCUGUGGGACGAGGCGGACGGCAAAGCAUGGACAUCAGUUGAACCGGCAGUGGAUAUCAACCAUGUGGCUUGGUGCCGAAAUAGUGGCAUGCUCCUGACAGCAAACGAGGGGAAACAGCAACAUGCCUUCCUCAUUCCACAAUUAGGUCCAGCGCCAAGAUGGUGCUCAUUCUUGGACAACAUGGUUGAAGAAAUGGCCGAAGAAGCACCAUCUGGGACAUACGAUAAUUAUAAGUUCUUGACCCUGCCGGAAUUGAAACAGCUGAAUCUUGCCCAUCUUGUGGGGACUACAAGCCUCUUGAGACCAUACAUGCAUGGGUACUUCGUUGCCUCAAAACUGUAUGAAGAGGCCAGACUCAUUGCAAAUCCUUACAUAUGGGAGGAAGAAAGAACCAGGAGAAUCAAAGAAAAGGUGGAGAAGGAGCGUGCGUCUAGAGUUAGAGGAGGGAAGAAGGUCAAAGUCAAUCAAAACCUGGUCGACAAGAUUCUCAAGAAACAAGAACGAAGACAGAAGGUUGACGAGGAUCAAGGUGUUUUGGGAGAUGCUCGAUUCAGCAAGCUAUUUGAGGACGAGGAAUUCCAGGUCGACGAAACCAGUAGAGAGUUUCAAGCCCUCAACCCUAGUACCAAAGUUGAUGAUGUGGCUGGCGUCUCAAAGGCGGCCAAUAGCGAUAGCGAUGCGAGUGAUAGCGAGGAUGAGGUUGUCUCAAAACCGAAGCCAAAACCGGAGAUGCGCAUAUCGUCGUCAUCCUACAAAAAAUCGGGCCAUCAGCGACAAGAUAAACCUCUUGGGUCGCGCAUACAAGGUGCUGGUCGUGUCAGUAAGAACAAGGGAGAGGUGGUAGGAGAGCGGCAAAUCACCUUCGCGCCGAGUGCUGGCAAGAAAGAGAAAGAAAAACCCGACGUAUCGAGGAAAGGCCGACGAGACGAUGGUAGGCGAAGUGCAAGUGGAAACGUUUUCAGAAGGUUAUAA